GUGAGCGCGGGCGCGCACUCGGAGCGGGCGGUGCGCGGAGCGGGCGGUGCCGCCGCGGCGUCCCCGGGCCGGGGCCGAUUUCAUGCAGUUGCCUGUGACAGCUCCUGUUGAGUAAACUGAGACUGGAACACCUUGUAUCAGCUCUUGAACCUGUACCUGCCACGAUGAGAAGUUGCAUAAGAUCUGUUUGGGCCCCUGUCUAGCUGAUCCAUGCUUCCAAACUGUCUCUUGUAACAUUCUCAAGCGGCCAAAAUGAAGUUGAAGCAUAACAUCAACCCUAUUCUUUUACAGUUUAUAAACUUCAUAGUCCUGGUGUACUCCCUUGUAACAUACAUUCCAUGGUACAUCCUUUCAGGAUCAAAGCAGGCUAUAGCAAAAGCCAAGCAGGUUAAAGCCAGGCCUGUGAAUAACAAGCCUGGGGGUGCAUACAGAUCUGUGAACAGUCUGCAUUGCUUGGCUUCAGUUUUAUAUCCUGGGUGUGAUACACUCGACAAAGUUUUUAAAUAUGCUAAAACGAAAUAUAAGGACAAAAAACUCUUGGGAACACGUGAAAUUCUGAAAGAGGAAGAUGAAAUCCAGCCAUCAGGAAAAGUUUUUAAAAAGGUCAUCCUUGGCAAGUACACCUGGCUUUCUUAUGAAGAUGUAUACAUUAAAGCUGUUAAUUUUGGAAAUGGCUUAGCAGUCUUGGGUCAGCAGCCAAAGACCAACAUUGCUAUCUUCUGUGAGACCAGAGCUGAGUGGAUGAUUGCAGCCCAGGCCUGCUUUAUGUGCAACUACCAGCUUGUUACCCUGUACGCCACGCUGGGAGGCCCAGCAAUAGUUCAUGGGCUGAACGAGACAGAGGUGACCACCAUCAUUACCAGUAAAGAGCUGAUGCAAACAAAACUGAAGGAAAUUGUUUCUCAAGUUCCACUACUGCGACACAUAAUUACAGUGGAUGGCAAACCCACAACGUGGGCAGAGUUCCCCAAGGGGGUCAUUGUUCACACCAUGGCAUCUGUGCAAGCCAUGGGGGCCAAGGCAGACACUGGAAACAAGCAGCCAUCCAGGCCUGUGCCCUCGGAUAUCGCAGUGAUCAUGUACACAAGUGGAUCCACAGGAAUUCCCAAAGGAGUUAUGAUCUCCCAUUGCAACAUCAUUGCUGGGAUAACUGGAAUGGCUGAGAGGAUCCCAAAUCUGGGGGAGAAGGACAUUUAUAUUGGGUACCUGCCCCUUGCCCAUGUUCUGGAGCUGAGUGCUGAGCUCGUGUGUCUGUCUCAUGGAUGCCGCAUCGGUUACUCCUCCCCUCAGACACUGGCUGACCAGUCUUCUAAAAUAAAGAAAGGAAGCAAAGGGGAUGUUACUACACUUAAACCAACUCUAAUGGCAGCAGUUCCGGAAAUCAUGGAUCGAAUCUACAAAAACGUCAUGAAUAAAGUGAAUGAAAUGACCAGUUUCCAGAGGAAUCUAUUUAUAUUGGCCUACAACUACAAAAUGGAACAGAUUUCCAAAGGUUACACUACCCCACUCUGUGACAGCCUUAUUUUCCGCAAGGUGCGGAUGCUGCUGGGCGGGAAGAUCCGCGUGCUGCUGUGCGGCGGCGCCCCGCUCUCGGCGGCCACGCAGCGCUUCAUGAACAUCUGCUUCUGCUGCCCCGUGGGGCAGGGCUACGGCCUCACCGAGUCCGCUGGGGCUGGCACCAUCACUGAAGUUUGGGACUACACUACAGGAAGAGUGGGAGCACCUUUGGUCUGUUGUGAAAUCAAGUUAAUGAACUGGGAAGAAGGUGGAUAUUACAACACUGAUAAACCAUAUCCUAGAGGUGAGAUCCUUAUUGGAGGGCAGAAUGUGACUGUGGGCUACUACAAAAAUGAAGCACGAACCAAAAAAGAUUUCACUGUUGAUGAGAAUGGGCAGAGGUGGCUCCAUACUGGAGACAUUGGAGAGUUUCAUCAUGAUGGAUGUCUAAAAAUUAUUGAUCGCAAAAAGGAUCUUGUAAAGCUGCAGGCAGGGGAGUAUGUUUCUCUUGGCAAAGUAGAAGCAGCUCUGAAGAAUCUCCCACUAGUGGAUAAUAUUUGUGCAUAUGCAAGCAGUUUCCAUUCUUAUGUCAUUGGAUUUGUUGUGCCAAAUCAAAAGGAGCUCGCAGAACUAGCCCGAAAAAAAGGAUUUAAAGGAACCUGGGAAGAGAUCUGUAACAGUCCUGAGAUGGAAAAAGAGGUUCUGAAGGUGCUAGCUGAGGCUGCUGUGGCAGCCAACCUGGAGAAGUUUGAAAUCCCGGUGAAGAUCCGUUUGAGCCCGGAUCCCUGGACCCCAGAGACUGGUCUGGUGACGGACGCGUUCAAGCUGAAGCGCAAGGAGCUGACGGCGUUCUACCAGCCGGACAUUGAGCGCAUGUACGGCACCAGCGUCAAGUAGCCCCUGCCCGCUGCUGCUCUGCUCAGCUGGAGCCAACAGCAAAUACUUGAAUUGCCUGUCUCAACCCGACACUUGAGAUCAACACACAAAACCACCACUCCUCAUUCCCAGCGUAAACUGCUCUUUCUAAUAACAUCACCGCGAUGACUGGCGAGUUUGGUAAAAUGUUGUGGCAGCAAAUUUGGGCGUCUCCUUUUCUCCAGUUUUCUCUGCUACCUUGUCAGUCUGUGGAUUUUCCCAGGUCUUUUUUGGGAAACCAUGAUUCUGAAGCCUCAAGUUUUUAAACAUUUAUAAAUCCUGUAUAAUGUUUUAUUUGUAUCUUUAAAAUUUGGAUGUAUAUAGAGAGAACUUGGCUAUAUAAGAAAUGGUUAUACUGGGGGCCUUUUUUUACCUAAUUAUUUAAAGAUAAGAAGGUAUUGAUGUUGUGACAUUAUGCACAUUGAAAAUGCUUGUAACAAGGUAAUUGUUGAACAGAGGACCAGGUUAUUUGCUGCUGUGCUAUUUUUCUGUGUAAAUCUGAGGGAGAAAAUGUUUGACAUUCCAGCUUGUGUAAUGCACCUUCAAUAUGUGCCUAAUGGUUACUUUUAUUUUUAUGUGAAAAUGGAAGGAUGGUUGUGGCACAGCUCUGCCUCAAGGCAGGUAGACUUGCAGGUGUUAGUUGAAGCUCCUUUAAUACAGAAGAUGCUAUUAACACAGCAGAAGUUCAACCUAGGAAUAAUCUCUCAGAUACAGAAACUCCUUUUUUAAAUAGCUCGUGACCAUUUCAUCCAGAGCUGAAUUGUGUAGUGCUAAUAUGAACUCUCAUCAUUAAUUUCACCUUAUACUUUACAAGCUUGACUGUGUCCUUUUAACAGAGGGACUGUAGCAACCUUUGUCUUUUCUCAUUAGGUCUGGACAUUACAGUGGAUUUCCUUUUUUGUUGUUUAUUAAAGUUUGGCAAGACCCCUGCUCUGCCCUAGCUGCAACCCAAAUCUUCCUGGGGGGAUUUUUAAAGUCAUAAUGACAGUUAUGUUCUCAGCUCACACAGUGCCUAGCUGCCCUUUGUGCCAUUAAAAAUCUCCCUUUGAUUCUCUGUUCUUUUGUGUAGUACUUUUUGCUUUAAAAACAGAUAUUUGAAGCAUUUGUCAGCCAGAGUUAUUUAUGUUGCUUGGUUUGUUACAUCAAAUUCUUGCUUUGAGAAAUAGUCUCAAUUUCUGUUUCAAUAGAGAUUCAUGGAUAUUGUUUGAAAAAAUAUGGGGGCUCUUUUCAUCUUGAGUAAGAACAUUCAGAUUUGUUUCAGAUGUGAAUUUUAUUUUCAAAAUAUUUCUGGAAAGAAUAUUCAGGGUUACAUGAGAAUGUGAAAAGGCAUACAAAAUAGUCAACUUUGUGAUGAAGCAAAUACUAAAAUGGUUUUAAUUUGGAGAUUACUCUCUUGUGUAUCAUUUACUUGUAGUACUAAAACUCAAGGUCCUGAUGCUUACUUAGUGCCCUGCUAUGGUAGCACAUAGCCAUGCUGAAACUUGCUUUGGGAGAGGAGUUCCUGCUGAUUGUCUUUGUGACAUGAGGUUUGGGGAGGUAUUUGAUGUGCAAAUUCUCAUUUUGUAAACCUCUGAAAUAUUGUUUUAAUUAAUGCUCUCCAUUGAUUAUAGAAAGCAGAUUCAUAGGAGUUGAAGGCUAUCAAGCAGGUUCCCUGAUGAAAUGAUGGGGUGGUUUGUGCUAAUUAUGGAUUUCCCCUGCUGCUGUCCAUGACACACUGUUAACAUUUGGUAAAUUUGGUGUAAGUAAUCAAAUGAAAAUAGAAGCAACAAAAAGAAAUCAGAACCAUGUUUUUGAGAUUACUGCCUUUAGAUAUCCAGAUCAUGAAUGAAAAACCUUGUGACAAGUAAAGAUAAGACAAUGUUGAAAAAUGACUGAAGAAUCCAAAAGUGGAAAAAUUGCUAAGGCUGUAGGGAAGUGUCACACCAUGUAUUAAACAUUACUAACAUUUGAAUGUCUAUCUGUGCUCCAUCAACAGGUUGUUAAAUAAAACUCAGCACAGACUGUACAUUGUUCAAAUAUUUUUGUGAUUUUUAGUGAAAAAUAAUAAAUUGCUGAAGUACUAUGUAUAUCACUUGGUGCAUUGUGCAGCAGAUUUAAGAAAAUAAAUCUGCUUUUGGUUAAACAAAUCUGAAGUUAGUAUUUUGUUCUGCUAAGGGUUUAAAUCCCCUUUUGAGAAAUUGCAUAAAGGAAACUUUUAAAAUGGUUUGGAAAUAGUUUUAUUUUCCUUUUUUCUAAUCCAGUCACAAGAUGGGGUUGCAGUCUAACUGUGCAUUUGAUUUUACAGUUCAGGGGUUUUUUAUGUUUAAAAUUUAUAUGAUAUAUAUAGUUUCUCUUUCAUUAGGCAUUAAAAUUCAUUGUGGACAUUUAUUUCUUCUACAGAAUGUGAAAACAAAGCAGUUCAUUAAGUUCAGUCUCAGUGCUGGA